AUGUGUACUUUUUAUGAAGGUGUAAGUUCUGGUGUUGGGUUAUGCUUAUGCCAAGAAUUAUUAUUAAGAGGUGAAAAGGUUGUUGGAACAUCUAGAGGGAAUGUAUUCUCCCCGACAAUAUCAAAUCACGAAAAUUUUUUAGGUUUACAGGUUGAUAUUACAAAUUCUCAAUCUGUUCAAAAUUCAAUUGAUAAUACAAUAAAACAUUUUGGUAUUUUAACACAUGUAGUAAAUAAUGCAGGAUAUGGAAAAAUUGGUACAAUUGAAGAAGUAUCUGAUGAAGAGGCCAGAAAAUUAAUGGAUGUACUAUAUUUUGGACCAUUAAAUAUUUUAAGAUCAGUGUUACCCAUUUUUCGAAAUCAAAGAAAUGGUUACAUUUUUAAUGUAUGUUCAAUUGCAGGUUUUAAACCUCCUUCUAGGCUAGGAAAUUAUUCAUCAUGUAAAGCUGCACUUUCUGCUGUGACUGAAGCACUUGCAAUCGAUGUAAAACCAUUUAAUAUUAAAGUAUCAUCAAUAGUUUUAGGAUUUAUUGUAACUGAUUUCCAUGUAAAUAAUUCUUUUUGUAAAAAUCAAUUACCAGAAUAUGAAACAUCAAAAUAUUGGACAGAUUUAUGUAGUGAAGUUUCAAAAAAUUUAUUACCAGGUGACCCUAGAAAGGUGGCUCAAAAAAUAAUUGAAAAUGGUGAUAAAGAAAUUUUACCAUUUAAUAUUUUCAUUGGUCCAGUUGAUACAUUUUCAAUGGCAGAAUCUAAAAUUUCAGAUUUAAAUGAACAAGUAGGCUCACAAAGGAAUAUUUAUUCAAAUGUUGUACUAGAGAAAUAA